AUGGAGCCCGGGGCGGCGGAGCUGUACGAUCAGGCCCUCUUGGGCAUCCUGCAGCACGUGGGCAACGUCCAGGACUUUUUGCGUGUGCUCUUCGGCUUCCUCUACCGCAAGACGGACUUCUAUCGCCUGCUGCGCCACCCGUCGGAUCGCAUGGGCUUCCCGCCGGGGGCCGCGCAGGCUCUGGUGCUGCAGGUAUUCAAAACCUUUGACCGUAUGGCCCGUCAGGAUGAUGAAAAGAGGAGGAAGGAGCUGGAGGAGAAGAUCAGGAGGAAGGAAGGGGAGGAGGCCGCGGCCGAGCAGGAGCCGGUCCCAGCCCCGGUUCAGGAGGUGGAGGUUGACUCCACCACAGACUCGGGCGGCCCUCAGGAGCCCCCCGGCCCGCAGGACGCCGUGCAGGAAGUGGCCCCCCGCGCCAGGGAGGCAGAGCCACCAGGAGCAGAUGCUGGCGCUGCUGAAGUCCCGAGGAGCCCACCAGCUCUUCCCAAGAGGCAGGAGCAGUUCCAGAGAAACCCCGACAGCUACAAUGGUGCUGUGCGUGAGAACUACGCUUGGUCCCAGGACUACACUGACCUGGAGCUCAAGGUGCCGGUGCCCAAGCAUGUGGUGAAGGGCAAGCAGGUCUCUGUGGCCCUCAGCAGCAGCUCCAUCCGGGUGGCCGUGCUGGAGGAAAACGGGGAGCGCGUCCUCAUGGAAGGAAAGUUCACCCACAAGAUCAACACCGAGAGCUCCCUCUGGAGCCUUGAACCCGGGAAGUGCGUUUUGGUGAGCCUGAACAAAGUGGGCGAGUACUGGUGGAGCGCCAUCCUGGAGGGGGAGGAGCAAAUCGACAUCGACCAGAUCAACAAGGAGCGCUCCAUGGCCACGGUGGACGAGGAGGAGCGUGCUGUCCUGGACAGGCUCGCCUUCGACUACCAGCAGAAGCUGCAGGGCAAGCCGCAGAGCCACGAGCUGAAAGUCCAUGAGAUGCUGAAGAAGGGGUGGGAUGCUGAAGGCUCUCCCUUCCGAGGCCAGCGAUUCGACCCGGCCAUGUUCAACAUCUCCCCCGGGGCUGUGCAGUUUUAAUGACCGAAGGAAAGGAAGCCCUCGCCGGCGGGGAGACUGUUCUAG